UCGUUUUUGCAAGCACACUCCGUAAGUGUACCUGGCGAAAGAUUGCUGUGAACUGUGAACAUUUUUUUACUGGCGGACUGAUAGACGUUAGAUUUACUAAAUCUACAGAGGACGAGGCAGACGACACCCUGGGGGUGACCGAGACAGAGUGAAAGACACACCGAGAUUGACGAGCAAGGCCAAGAAUUUAGUAAAGACCGCUUCCGAAGAGAUGGCGUACCGACACAUGCGUCACAACGCGCCAGGCUAUGCGUGUGUGCUGGCCAGCUCUGGGGCAGCACUGGCCUAUCUCUACCCACACACCGUGGGCUUGAAGCACUACACACCUGACUCGCACCGCGACACGCCGGGCCUCGACCUCACUUUGGACGUAGACAUACGGCUCAUGGCGGAGGAGAUAAAAAGUGAGCUGCGUUGGUCGCAGCGUGCUGAGAUGACUGGCAGUGUCCUUGAACUGAUUCCGUCAAGGUCGCUGGAGCUGAGCCACGCAGGCUCCAUGGCGACCAAGUGGGGUGCGGUGGUGGGUGUGCCCGUGCACUUCUCCCCCCACUUCCUGCCGCAGGCUCGCCACGACUCACGUUUGCUGUCAGACUUAGGAAUUGACGCGGCCUCGGAGCAAGGGGAGGCCAUCCUCCGCUCGCUGGCCUUGAGCAGACACGCCAAGAAGUUUGCCCUGGCCAGGGAAAUGUGCCAGGCCAAGUCGUCGCGGAUCUACGUCAACGCGUUUGUGCUGGGCGUGUCGGUGACUUGUUGCUACCUCGUGACACGCGCCCUGUCGCAGGCAGUGGCGUGGCGCGGCGCCACCCUCCUCUCCUUCCUGUUGGUUGUCCCCACUGUGACUUUUGCCUAUCUGCAGGCGUUUGACUAUAACACCCGGGCCUCGCAGCGGCGAGCGGACGUGAAGGCGGCUGGUCUCGGGGAAAGUGUGGCGCGCGCCGGGCUCGACUUCUACCAGGCGGUCGUGGUCAGAGAACGCCUGGCCACUCAAACAACUCUUGGUGGGGGACACACGGACACACAGCGACACACGGACACACGCACACACAGACACACAGAGCGACACACUGACACAUGGAGCUUCAUGACAGAGCCUGAGAGGUGGUUCGCAGCGUUUAGGAAACCUGGUCUGACAGCAGAGGAGAGGAGGGAGGGGGUGGGGAGGGUGGUGGAACGGUUGUACGGGCGGGGAGGGGGAGGAGAGGAGGGAAGGGGGGAGAGGAGGGAAGGAGAGACAUGAGGGUAGAGGAUGGAGGGGAUGGAGAGGAGGAGAGAUGGGUACAUCUAUUAUAUAUUUGGCAACUUGGAAACACAUGUGUCACUUUUCCCAUAAA